GAUGACCUCUUCGCGGCCUUCGAGACCUUCCGCCGAGCGGUCUGUCGCAUCACCCAGGACAGUCGCAUCAACAAAGCAGCCCUGGACAAGAUUGAGCACAAGGACUCCAUUCUCAAGUUCCUGCUCGAUGUCCACUCUCGCAAAAAGCGGCACCGAAAGCGCACAGAGGCGCUUCUGUCGCUCUUGCUGGAGUUGGAGAGCUGGAAGGAGGCAUUUGCAGAUGAUGAGGACCUCCAAGCCGCGAUUGCAGAGUUUCGCGGCCCUGAGAUGGAGGAACCCGCCGAAGAGGCGGAAGAAGAGGAGGAGGAGGAGGACGCUGAGGAGGAUCCGCGAACCCUCUCGACACUCUGGCGCGAAGAUGUCGACGAGAAAAUUGAUGCUGCCGCAGCGCGCGGCGCGAUUGGCCUCCUCCUGGUCCGAGUGGUGGCCGCGCACAACCUGAUCAAUGCCGACUGGUUCAGCCUUUCCGACCCCUACGUCAAGGUGAAGGUGGGGCGACAGAAGCAGAGCACCGCAGUUGUCGACGACUGCUUGGAUCCUCGAUGGGAUUCGGAGACAUGGUUCUUCGACAUCCCAGCUGAGACCACCCUGGUGCGCUUCGAAGUGUGGGACAAAGACGCCCUUCAGGACGACCCACUGGGUCACGUUUCCUUUCCGGCGCGCCUGGCGCCGACGGCUCCCGGGCAGGCAUGGUGA